CACUUUGUCUUCCUUUUACAAACAUCACCUUGCAUAGACGCUGUCCAAGAUGAGCUAUUCAUCAUCCCUAUACUCUGGCACGGGCCGAAUAAUCAGAUCACCGAGAUUAAGGAAGCGCUAUCGUUGUCCUUUCUUGUGCCGGGGUCGGUUACGGUAAUUCCCAACCUUUUGGAGCACAAAUUCAGCGAUGGUGGUGUGAACCAAAUGUUAAGCAAGGAGCUUUUCGAUUUCACUGUUCUGGACCGUGCGGAUGUGCCGUUUGUUUUGUUGGAUGAAUUUCUCAAGACUUGGGACGGCGUGCUUGAUGCUAUUUUCUUUUUUCGGGAUGAUGAAUUUCCACCGAUCGACGGUUUGGUCAGGGAUAUGGGCCUCAAAGCACCAGAUCAGGACAAAUGGUUUCGAUCACCAAUAAGUAUAACAAGGGGGUGCAGGCAGGAUAAGAUCCUGCGGCUGCGAAAGAUGCUUAAGCCGUACCGUUACGUGGGCAUGCUGUCAUACGACGACUUCACGCUGCAGACACACAGGCUUGCUGGUACGCUGCUGCUAAAUUGCGGCUCGGACCUGUGCUGUCAUGCAUUCAACGACCACAGCAUAUUGCUGAGGACCUCUCCACAGGUGCGCAAGCUGGCAGAUGCUUACAUUCGCAAAGCCAUCGGAAAGAGAGAACGUUUCGUCGCCAGUCACGUCCGGCCCAUGCCCGAUGAUUGCGUCAAGUUGUGGCAAUCUCCCGAAGAGGACCUCGACCCCAUCCAGUUGAAGGAAAUUUGCCGGAAUGAUUUUAUGUACAGCAGUGGGACAUCACCUUGCUGCGACUUCCACGACGUGCCAGGCAUGAGGCUGUACAACACAACCACCGUCUUCAUUAUGACACACCCCACCAUCCGGCCUCGGGUGGCCAGGAUGCUGAAGGCCGGAGGAAUCAACGCCGCAUUCCUUGACUUGUCGGACCUCAUGUCUAUCAACAUGGAAGCCGCACGGCCACUGCGCAGCCCGAUGUCUUUUUCCCUGCUUGCGAUUGUGGAGGAGGCUGUGGCGGCGGAUGCGAGGGCGUUCCUGGGCACUGCGGAGAGCAGCAUGACCGGCAUGAUCGUGCAGCGCCUGCACCCAUCCACGCCAUGUCCCCAGGAGCGGAUUGCCCGAGAGCUCAACCCCAGGCAUUGCUACUUCUUCUCUCCACGCCCUAGCAACGAGCUGAUGCCUCGUCGAAUCACCAACCUAUAUGCGAACCGAGACAUGGAGGGGCAGGAGGCAACGUUUAAGAGGAGAUAA